UCCUCCGUCUCCCCGCGGCGCUGCCCUAUUGUUCUCCCUCCCCUCGCAUCCUCCUCCUCCUCCUCCUCUUCUGCUCUCGCUGCCGAGGGCGAUGAUGGCCGCAGCGGCUGCCGCCGCGCCGCCGCCCUGCAGCUGAUGCUCGCCAUGGAGCCGGCGAGCCUGCUGCGCUUCCUGCGGAGGCUCAAGGAGGUUUUCGACGUUUGCGACGAAGAUGCGGACGGCUUCAUCCGCGUGGAGCAUUUCGUCGCCCUGGGGCUGCAGUUCGGCCAGGGGGACGAGGUGGAAAAACUGGCAAAGUACUUGGACCCAAAUGAUUUGGGAAGAAUCAAUUUUAAGGACUUCUGUCAUGGAGUUUUUGCUAUCAAAGGCUGUGAAGAGCUACUAAAAGAUGUCUUGUCUCCUGAAAACUCUGGGCCUCGACACUAUGAGCCACAAUAUGUUGAUUACUAUUACCAGGGUGGUGAAAUCCAGGACUGUGCCUACCUGGACAGUGAAAGUGCCUACAGCGAGUCGGAGCUCUUCCCUGAUGACGACGCGAUGACUCUAGCACAGCAAGAGGUUCACCAUGAGUCUGACAUGGACAGUGCUAUUGAAAGCGCCCAGAGCUCGGAGGCCUCCGAUGUGUGUCGGAGUGAGGAGAAGGAUGGUGUGCUUGGUGGCCUCUUUCUGCCUGGUGACAAGUCAAGUCCUCACAACCCUUCUGCAGCCUCUGACCUCUCAACUUAUUCUACCGCCUCUCUGAUCAGUAAUGAAGAACAAUUUGAAGACUAUGGGGAAGGAGAUGAUGUGGAUUUUACUCCCAGUAGCCCAUGCCCCGAUGAUGAGACCAGAACCAACGCCUACUCUGACCUUGGCUCAUCUGUAUCUUCCAGUGCUGGCCAAACACCCCGAAAAGUGAGGCAUGUUUAUAACAGCGAGUUACUGGAUGUUUACUGCUCACAGUGCUGCAAAAAGAUAAAUCUACUCAACGAUUUGGAAGCCAGGUUGAAAAACUUGAAAGCAAACAGCCCUAACAGGAAAAUAUCAAGCACCGCUUUUGGAAGGCAACUCUUCCACAACAGUAACUUCAGCAGCAGUAAUGGCAGCACGGAAGACCUGUUCAGAGACAGUAUAGACUCCUGUGAUAAUGAUAUAACUGAAAAGGUAACGUACCUAGAAAAAAAGGUGACAGAACUGGAGAAUGAUAACCUGACAAAUGGUGACCUGAAGAGCAAACUGAAACAAGAGAACACACAGCUAGUUCACAGAGUUCAUGAGCUAGAAGAACUGUUGAAAGACCAAGAAACAUCGGCAGAACAGACCCUGGAAGAAGAGAUAAAGAGGCAUCGAGAAGCGUAUACCAAGUAUGAAAAAGAGAAAGGCACUGAAAUUGAACUGCUAAAUACAAGGGUUCAGCAGCUGGAAGAAGAAAAUGGUGAGCUGAAAAGCACUGUCACACGACUGAAAUCACAGACGGAGAGAUUAGAUGAGGAAAGGCAACGCAUGUCGGAUAGAUUGGAAGACACUAGUCUGCGCCUGAAGGAUGAGAUGGAUCUGUACAAGAGAAUGAUGGACAAGCUGCGGCAGAACAGACUGGAAUUUAACAAGGAGAGGGAAGCGACACAAGAGCUCAUUGAAGACUUGCGGAAGGAACUGGAGCACCUGCAGCUCUACAAGCUGGAAUGUGAGCGUCCUGGACGUGGGAGAAGUUCUUCAUCCAGUGUGAGUGAAUUCAAUGCCAAAACAAGGGAGGUGGAAAUGGAGCACGAAAUAAAAAGGCUGAAGCAGGAGAACCAGAAACUUCGUGACCAAAAUGACGAUCUUAAUGGACAGAUCCUAAGUCUUAGUCUUUAUGAAGCUAAAAAUCUCUUUGCAACGCAAACAAAAGCUCAGUCACUGGCUGCUGAAAUUGAUUCUGCAUCAAGAGAUGAGCUCAUGGAAGCCCUUAAAGAACAGGAAGAGAUAAAUUACAGAUUGCGACAGUAUAUGGACAAGAUCAUUUUGGCAAUCCUAGACCACAACCCAUCUAUCUUGGAAAUAAAGAACUGAAGGGAAUUUGAGAAGGAAAAGCAGCAACUGCCUGAUAUUUCUGCACAUGCCACUGGAUCUAAACAACACUCUGAUACUGUAAAUUAAUCUAUAAAUAUAUAUAUACACUAUGUGUGAGUGUGGGUGCGCGGGUGUGUUUAUAUGAUGUUUGGUACACUGUUAUUUGUCAUUGAAUUGGCUUGGUUAGACUUUUUCCAUGCACUUUCAAUACCUGUGAUAAGAUGGAUACUGUAUAUUAAUGUAAUAACGAUAUAACUGGAUCAUGCUGUUUUAGAUACUGGACAAAAUGACUCUACCUCUAGUUGUAAAGGUGAAAAAGACAAUGGAAACAUAUGGAUGUGGCCCUAACUUUAGGAGCAAGGAUUGUUCUUUCGUUCUUCCAGGAAUUUGGGUACCACAAACCGAUUAACAUACCCAGGUUCAGUUCCUGACUGGUGCUGACUGUGUAAUUUCCUAUUUGAUUUAGUUUUACUACUUAAACCACACAUAGGAUAAACAAACCAAACUUUGGGGUAAAGGAAAGACACAAAGUAAAAGGGAAGAAGAGGAAGAUAUUGCAGAAUUGUUGCUUUGUAAAAAAAUCACCAUCCACUUGUUUGCCACUGUCAGCACAAAGUGCUUUUUAUGUAAGAUCACUUUGGAGCCUGCUUUGGGAUGCUCUGAGCCAGCCUGCUCUUCAGCGUGUGCGCGCAUGUGUAUUUUUUAUGCCAGAGUCCCUGUAGCAUUGAGGCUAAGAAGGUCUUCUAAUCUGUUCCCCUAUUUUCAGGGGUUUAUCAUGGGCCAUUAAGAUGAGUUCUGGGAUCCUGCCCUUCCCCCUCACCCUUCAUUUUAAAGAUUUCACUGAACAAACACAUUCCAGUUCUUACAAAAAAAGAAAUGGAACAAAAAAAAAGAAAAAUUGCAUGAAAUUGCCCACUUCAGGGGGUGGAGGAGCAGUGCUUGAAAUGAGGUGUUGAGUUGCUUCCCCAGCCCAGCCCCACUGCACGCCUUUGAGACGCACGUUUUGUGGGCCAGCUGUGGGGAGGACGGGCUGGGUCCUAACACAGCGGUGAAGUCUGAUGUGCAGACUUUUUUACCGAUCAGGCAGGAAAAAGAAAAAGAGCUUGGUCUCGCAGAGGUUGCCAAUCCAGACCGAGUACAUGCAUGCAUAUCUAAAGCUCUGAGUAGCGAACACAUCCUGAUUUAGAUGAGCAGUGGCGCAGGUGCUUAACUUUCAAUGUGUACUGUGACUGCCCGGAGAAGUCAGUGGGACAGAACAUAAGCUUUAAAGUUGAGUGUGUGCCUAAAUGCUGCCUUAAAUAGGGAUGGACUUCAACAUGUGCCUGUGUUCUCCUGAGCUGGGUUUGCAUACUGUAAGGCUAGGACCUUUUUAAUUAUUAGUGUAGCUUAUAUGAGGAGCUCAUGGAAUUGUUUGGAUAGUUGAAUGAUAAAAGAACCAAUUUUAUUCCGUGCACUUUUUUUAAAGUAAGAAUUUCACACUUCUGAUUCACACCAACUGGCACAGAAUAGGCCCAAGUAUCUGGCUUUUCCCAGUGCAUAGAGAUGUUUCCUUUAUUGAAUACACUCCCCAGACGAAUGUUACAGUAGCAAUGACUGUGCUUUUCCGUGUAUUUCUUGCCGUUGGCAGUGUCUUGCCCCUAGUAUUCUCGUGAUGUAUCUUGGUGUGUGUAUAUGUGAUGCAUUUUUCCUGAAUUUGAAUACAGAAAAGGUGUAUUCAGUUAUGGAUGUAAAUAUAUAUAUAUUUUUCUGCAAUCUCUGUGCUCUUGCCUUCAGUGAUGCGUUACUGGAGUGAUGGGGAAGGGGGGGAUGUACUGAAAUCUGGCUUUCUUGAAGGCAAGACAAUAAAAACAGUUUGCUUCUAUGUAUCUGCGUUAGGCAGGCAUAAAGUAACUGGAAAACCAAAAGGGACCAGAGGAAUAACUGUGGAACACAACGUCCCAGCACACAGAAUUGUCUUUAGGACUUCAGUGCUCUGGAAGAAAUGGUAGAGUCUUGUAGGAAUAGUGAUGUCUUAGGGCUGGUUUCCUGAGGCUUUAGGGUCAUCCGGAGGAAGGGAUUUGAAGGCUACUCCUUUGCCAUCUGGGGAUGGCCUAAAAUGUUCUGCUCUAAAUUGCAGCAGCUCCUGUUUGUGCAGAAGCAGGUGGAACACCGUGGGUACUCCGUGCACACACCUUUCCCACCUGUUCCUCGUCCCGAAUGUGCCACCUAGAAGGUAGAAGAGGAACAGUAAGCCAGCUUGGUGCUCCUUACGGCUCCCUGCCUACAAGACUCUUCACCUGCACUUUAGUGAUGGCGUUUCCCUCUGCGUGGUGCUGUUUGUGGGUUGUGCCAAGGACUUUGCUCUUUUUAUCGGCCACAGAGAACUGUUUCCAGUUGUCCAGUGGCUGUGGAUAACCUGCUGUGACAGGCAGGGCUGGGGGAGCUGGGGGCCCUGCUGCUGGAGCUGGCUGCGUUCCGCAAGUCACGCUUCUGUCCUGCACUCUUGCAGUGGAUUUAAAUAUGAGUGAAGGUCCUGCAGGUCGUACUGCAAUGUUUUGCAAGUGACUGAAUGUUUUCUGCUGAGUAUUUUGAAGUAAAUUGGACUCAGCUUUAGAAUAGGGUUUUAAUAAUCAAAACCCUGUUCCCAUUAAGGUAGAACAUCAGCAAAUGUUGAGGAUUAUUUUACUGAAAAUUAUGCUGAGCGCUUGGAAAGCGGAGAGCCUGGUUUACUUCACUGAGACCACAGAGCCUGUGGAUGCGGAGAGAAGGCGACGGGACUAUAGUGAUAGCCAAGUUUUUGUGCAGCUAAUUAGUAAUACGUAAGAGGUGAAUAGUCGCUGGUAGUAAAUAAUAGUCACUAAAUCUGACUGAAAUCCUGAAAGUGGCACUGCAGCCAAGGGUACUCAGCAGUGGAUUUCCUAAAGACAUGCAGGAUUUCCUGUUUAGUUCUGUACGCAGCCGCAUUGGCAUUUAGAAGCUCUUCUUUGCUCCAGCGUUUGCAUUUGAAGAGUUGUCUUACCACUGUGGUGGUGGUGUUUGUAGCUUUGUUUGAUUGCAUAAAGGAGUUAUGCUUCUGCCCCUGUGGGGCCUUCUGUGCAGUACCGCUUUCUGUUAGCGCUCAAAUACAUAUUCAGACGCUUGCAGUGUUUUGACAAAUAACGUGAGCUGGAGGUGGGAAAGGUGUUUCACAUUUUCCUCUUAAGGGUAUCCACCUCUAAAAAUACUAAUUAGCAAUUGCAUCCCUAGACUGAGUAACUACAGAUAUUUGACCAACUUGUCUUGCAGUCCAACUGUUAGAGAACUCUUCUGUCCUAGAAAAGAUGUCAUCACAUUUUAUGACGUACAGGUAACUUAGUAAUAAGGGAUCACUUGGUGGAUUUGAGGAGUUACCAGCAUUCCAGGGAGUGUGCAUUUUGAUCAAGUGUCAGACAGACACGUUGGCAGCACGGACAGGAGAUGUGAGAGAUAGGGAGGCACCAGAUUCCGUGUCUGUGCUCUGAUAAAUUUAUUUCUUUACUGUGGACUGCCUUUGUGCUCACGGCCCAGCUGAGGAAGUACAGUCUGCCUCUGUUUCGGUGUUACUGUUGGUGAACAAUGUCUUUGCUUCCCUAGGUAAAUCACUUCAGACACAGAAAUGUGGCAACUUCUCACUCUAGCAAUGCUCGAAUGCAGCGAACAUUCUUGUGGCGAAACCGUGCUUCUCAUUUAACCCUCAGGGAUGCAAACACAAUCCACAGUACUGUAUGUUGUUCUGCUCCUUAGUUCAUUCUACUGUAGGUUCUCACAAGCCAAGUGAUAUUCUGGUCAAACCAGUUGCAAACGCCUGCAGGUAUUUUUUUGUACAGUGGAAAAAAAUGGCCCUUCACCAGGCUGACCCUGCACACAAGCUACUGCGGACAAAAUACCUCUUUCAAAACUUGCACUUAAGUGUACCUGAAACAUAGUCUGUCAAGACUUUGCUGAUAUUGGCUGCUUCCCUUCAGACAUCGCUCUUAAGCUGCUUCCCAGUUCUGGUUUCAGAAUGUGAUGUUGAUUCAAAACUGUCUUGACAUCACAAGAGUAUUUUUCAGCUUUUUGAAUAACUUCUAUUGAAGGCUCGAGCUGUUUGAGGUUCUGAAGUGCAACAGCGACAAACUCUAACCAUCCCUUCUAACUCUUCAAGGAGUUUUUACUUUGCAAAUUUGUAGCAGGUCUCAAAAACAAGAAAAAAAGCCAAUACACUUUUGCUGCCAACUUUCCUUCGGUGGGCUUGAGAGAAAUUCUGAUGUUUCUCAGCCAGCUCUGUAGGGAAUUGAACACAAUGUUAUUGAUUCUCGAGGAUACGUCUAUCGACAAAUACUUUGCUGUCUGAAAGCAGCAAUGCUCCAUUUACUUGGUAGAACUGCAUUACUCUCCAGAGAGGAUCUUGGCCGACAGCAUUUGGGCUCCCUAAUCUGGUUGGUAAUUGAAGGCUUGGAAGCUGAUCUGUAAACACAGACUUUGGCCUCCUCCAUCAGUCACUGCUCAGCGGUCUCUGCAUCCCAGUGCUAGCGACAUGUGAUGAAUCUAAGAAUUAGAGUUUACAAAUAAACGAAUAGUUUUUCUCCUUCUUUAAUGGCAGUGAAUGUACAGUGGCUUUUUCUUAAAACAAACACUGGACGGUGUGGGCUGAGGGCUUUUUUCCAAGGAAGGAAGGAAGUAGCAGCUGAUCAAACACUUGCCAAAGCAGCGGCUUGGCUUAUAUUGACUUGAGAGAAAAGUGACAAACUUUAACUGAGCAAUUCCUGGGCUGGGCCUGGUGUAAGCAGCCCUGCUGGUAUUCUCAUUAUGUCAUUUGUUACUCAAGGAACAUUGUCAAGAAGGCUUGACAGGUGACGUAACAGCACUGAUUCUAAAGGAUAUAGUUCAACAGUUGCUGGCAUUUGUUCCUUUGCAGCAUCCUCGGGGUUGCUUUCUUAGUAUUUUUCAAUCCAAGAUAUUGAUCCUAGGAUCAGUUUGCUGGUGAAGAACAAGGCAUGCGUGGGUUUCUUAUUUAAUGAAACUCUGCAUGUGCCUUUAGAGUUUGAUAAGGAUCGCAGCAGGUGUUUGGUCUGAAUCCCACAGCCCUGCAAAAUGCACUGGGAGUUGCUCUGAUGUGCAAGAGAGUCGUAUCUUCGUGGGGUUCCUCCCGAGCAUAUCUGCUGUUGACCUUUACACUCUUGGUCUUGUCCCCAGCCACUGAGCCCGCUGUCACAGUGCCUGGGUGCCUUGGGGUAGCCGCUUCGAGCAGACAGGAGGGACAAAUACAAUGUCUUUGGUUUCAGUAUGGGUUUAGCUAACGAGACGAAGGAUUUUAGUGCUGUUUUUAUACUAGGCCAGUCCUGCCCAUGCCUUUUUUGUGAUCCUGAAGACAAAUCGUGUCUUACCUAACGUGACAAAAUGUUGUAGCUGAUUCUCACGAUACGCAGACCCGUAGGGUGGAUAAUCCUGAAGUCCACCCAGGUAAGGCAGCACUGGGACAUCCCUGCAAGUCUUGCCUUGCUCCUGUAUAGCUGUCCCCUUGCACGUGGGACUCCAGCACUCUGUUUGCAAGGCACAACCUGCCUCGCUUGGCCUGGCAAGCAUCCUGGAUAGAUAAUGACAGCAGAACCAUCUGCAGCCGGGGUCGCUGCACCGUCAUCCCAGCAGUGCAGAGCCAGCUGACGCUGCUACGCUGUGUACCAGUGUCAAAUUAUAUUGUUUAGCUUACUGGCUUCUGCCUUGAAGUCUUGUUCAACUGUGAGAGUAGCACUUAUUCAAACAUAAAAUUAGAGUGAGAAUGCUUUUUACUUUAAACCUAAAGGAAGCAUGCAUAAAAAAAACAUUGGCUUCUUUGGACACCUAUCCCUAGAAUCUGUAUUUCUGUCUUAUGUAGGUGUCGUUAGUGGUGCAGCUGUGACCUCUGAGCUGUCAGCUUUCGCGUCACCGUCCUCAGCAGGUGAUGUUCACGUUGGCAAAGCCCCGAUGAGACCGGGGAUGCCCUGGCGAGGGCUGCAGAGGUGAUGUUCUGGCAGACACGCGUUCAAUCCGCAGACAGUGAGGGGUGCAGGAGGGCUGCAGUUACUCAGACAGCUGGAGUAGUGAUCUUCUCACACUACCCAACAUCAGUCCCGGAUAAUUUAAUACUUUACCUGUAGCUAAAUAGUUCUGGCUUUGGAGAAGGGAAGUCAGAAGGGGAACCAAGAAUUUCAUGCUGUGUGAACGCUUUUCUACGCUACAGGGCAGUAAAUGUUGCACUGACAGUAUGUAUAAAUACUGAGAUAUUCUGAGAAUUACUGUAAAAUCGGUUUUGGGAGCCAUUUGUUUUGCUUUGUUGCACAGACUGUACUUACAUUUUUUGCAUGGUUAUGUAUUUUAGUACUUGUGCCUUUUCUUUGUUGUGAGGAUACAUUUUAUUUUCACGUUUUAUCUCCUGGUUUGGGCACUUUUUAUAUACACUUUUUUUCAUUUGAUCUUCAUCUCUGGUUCUCCUGUAAUGUACAUGUGUAUAUAUAAAAUAGAUCAGAUUUGUAUUCAUGUGCCUCCAAGAUGUAAAAAAUACUCAUUUUGUACAGGUUUUUUUAGAAGCACUAGGUCAUGGUCUAAAUUACGUAGCAAAUGAAAUUGAACGUAAUUAGCAGUUCUUCGUCUUCUAGAAAUGUUGUGUCAGAUGGCUGGUCUCUCUUGUAAGGCAAUGUCACACACACACACUCCCCAGGUUCUAGUAUCCUUACGAGACCAAUUCUAUUCACUUGUUGGUUUCAGUUAAUUCAAAGUAAUUAAAUACCUAAAUAAAUGUUACGGUCCUGACUUGGCAAUUAUAGUUUUUAUUCACACUAAGGCAAAUUUGCUUCUUUUUAUACUUGAAAUGGAUGUCAGACCAAAGUCUCAGUUGAACGUGUUGAUCAUUUCAGGUUAAAUUCAGUUCCUGGAUUGUUUUGUGGGCAAAGGGCAAGUGAUUUACAUUGCCCAUUGAAAUGGAAAAAGAAAGAGUGUUACCACUCAUAGACCCUCCUUCUUAGAGAGGGUAAAAUGCUUCUGAUUUCUUUUUCUGUUCCUUUCCUGGCUUCUGUGGCAGCUUUUCCUAAGGACAGACCCUGGAUCUGCCUGACCAGGAUCUUCCUCUUGCAAAUGUAAGAAAUCGGAUGUCUCGCUUUUCACGUUUUGGCCACUGUGGAAUAAACCCCUUCCAUUGGGGUCUAUGGGACAGCACUCUACGGCAGCUUUUGGGAAGCUAAAUAGAUGUGUUGUGAGACUGUAACUCUCUGGCAACCAGGGACCUGGUCCUAGAAGUGUCCUUCCUUCCCACCAACCUCUCUCUGAGCUGGUGCUUUCAUUUCUUGAGUGUUGACCCCCUCGUCUGGUGAGAUGCUUGAACUGUUCCCUCUUUCGCACCUCGUGGUUUAUCAAUUACCCCCACACACACUCACCAGCCCCUGGACACAGUGAGAGAAUAAAUUGUGGUAAAUCACAAGAGAGAAAGCAUCAACAUCCCCUCAGUUUCCCAAAAAACACAACAUUUUGAUCUAUAAAAUAAUAUGUUCCAUUUUCAUGGAACAGGAUUUUCUUUUAACGGAAUUUGGCAUCCACUUGGCAGAUUACAAAGCUGCCUUAGAAGCAAGGAGGUGAGUUUAUUUUUUACUUCCAAGGCUGCUUGCUAUGAAAAUGAGCAAAGUUCACUCACACCAUUGUCACUGAAAAAAAGCAGCCCGCAGGAGUGGCAUAUGACUAUUUUUAAUCUCGUUCUGUAAUUUCCAACACCGGUGAAGUGAUGUCAGCACUGCUGCAAUGUGCCGUUACAUGAUUUCCUUGAAGUACUUUCUGGGGACAAUAAAGCUGUCCUUGAUGAUGUGGGUCCUUUCAGGUAGCUGUAAUGUACAAUCAGAUGUGUAAAUAAAUUAUUUGUUUUCCCUGCAUGACUAAAAAGUUGU